AUGACCAACCCAACCACCACCCUCCCCGCCUCCGCCACAACACACCUCCUCCACGCCACCCUACAAGACCGCAUCACCGGCUCACUGAUCGGCUCCGCCCUCGGCGACGCCAUCGGUCUCUACACAGAAUUCAUGACAGCCGCGACCGCCGCGACCGCCUACCCCACCGGCAAAUUCACCCUCGGCGGCAGCGGCAACCACGCAGCACACACACCCCCAACACCCUUCAAACUCGACGCGCACCGCGCCCCCAAACUCCCCGGCGACUGGACCGACGACACCGACCACGCGCUGCUGGUGCUGCUGGCGUUUCUGCAUACCGCGCGCACGGGCGGCACCCGGGCCCCUGGUGGUGGUGCCCCUGGUGGUGCUGACGGGAGGGAGUUGCAUCCGCCGCCCCCGAUGCCGACGCAGCAGGCCCUGGCGGCGCGGCUGCGCGUGUGGGUGAGCCAGGGCUUCCGGCCGCUGGAUACCAUGCCGCUGGGGCUGGGGCGGCUGGUGGGCACGGUGGUGGCGUCAGCGGGGUUUGACGCCGACCCGGAGCGCGUGGCGCGCGAGUACUGGGAGAAGACGGGGCGGCGCGUGGCGCCGAAUGGGAGCCUGAUGCGGACGCAUCCGCUGGGGUUGGUGUGUCUGUUCCGGGAGGAGGAGGAGGCGUUUGAGGUGGCUGCGGCGCUGUCGCGGGUUACGCACUUUGAUCCGCGCUGUGUGCUGGCGUGUGUGGCGGGAACGGGGUUGGUGAGGGCGCUGGCGAGGGGUGAGGUGGUGGUGGAGGGGGAUGUGGAUGCGGUGGUGAAGCGUGGGCUGGAGUGGUUCCAGGGUACGGGGGACGGGGGUGAAUUGGAUAUCGAGGAAUUGUGGAAGCAUGUCGGACCUGAAAGUGGGUUAGAGAAGCUGAACUUGGAUGAGCAGGCUGCGAUCGGGUAUGUGUACAAGACACUUGGUUCGGGGGUCGUGCUCUUGCGGAUGGCGAUUAGGAGGCUCGCGGCAAGCAAGAACGGCUUGUUGGACCGGACUUUCCUCUUUGAGCAGCUCAUUACGGAUCUCAUCAUGCGCGGUGGGGAUGCCGACACAAACGCAUGUUUUGCCGGGGCCUUGUUGGGCGCCUAUCUUGGCUACUACGCAUUGCCGGACCACUGGAAGCAUGGUCUGAAGUAUCAAGAGUGGCUCCUGGAAAAAUCAGUUGCUUUAUGCCAGGUUCUCGGGGUGGGGGAUGGGGAUUACGACGGCGCGGAGCACAAAGACACAGACCCUCUCGCGGGGAAACCUGCCAUCAGUCAAGAUGAGAUGGAGGGCCGCUGGAUGGUGUUGCAGCAAGCAACGUUCAGGAAGAUGGAGGAUGCAGCAAAGGGAUCGUCAUCAAAAGCAUCAGGGUCGAGUUGGUCGUUUCUGUUCAAAAAGGAGAAGGGAUCAGGGGGAACCGCACGUUAA